CACAAAAAAAAUUUGCUCAGGGCAAGAUUGGGUGAUUAGAGAGGGUGGGGCAUGGAAGUCAUGUCAUUUUUGGUCAACAACUGCUGAAAACUCAGCAAGGUGUACUUGUAAAUCAUCCAUCAUGAAAUGGGCAAAUGCAUCGAAAGAGUCUUCAAAAAAAUCGCUGAAGCUAAACACAGCCUCUCCCAACAAGGCUGGCUGGUAUGCUGAUACAGAUGGGUUCCUAGAACACUCUCCUAGUGGGGGAAGCCUCUGCUACAGGGGGCCCAUCCUCUAGAAGAUGCCAGUUGUUUGGGGGGUCCCCACUCAUAGUCCUACAUUUUCACAGAACUCCUUACCUAACUGAAUCCUUGAGUGCUUUGUAGUCAACCCAGGGCUCUGCUUGAGUGUCACUUCAGUGUCUUGCAGGGAGCUUCAGAUGUCCUUGGUUCUUUUUAGGCUGUUAAGUAGACAUAUAUGAGGUUUGGUACUGGUUGGUGGUUGCUAGUACCAGGUCACCUUGCUCACUGGUGAGUUCAUUCAAACCCAAAAAGUCACACCUGUGUCCUGUGCGCGGGUGCUGCAGGCUUAGGUGGAGAAAAGCAGGGCUAGAAUUGGAACUCAAAGCCCAGAAUGGCAGGAGAGGAUGUGGGGGCUCCACCCGAUCACCUCUGGGUUCACCAAGAGGGUAUCUACCGCGACGAAUACCAGCGCACGUGGGUGGCCGUCGUGGAAGAGGGGACGAGUUUCCUAAGGGCACGGGUCCAGCAAGUUCAGGUUCCCUUAGGUGACGCAGCUAGGCCAAGUCACCUUCUUACCUCCCAGCUACCUCUCAUGUGGCAACUCUACCCCGGGGAGCGCUACAUGGAUAACAACUCCCACUUGUGGCAGAUCCAGCAUCAUUUAAUGGUCAGGGGAGUAGAGGAGCUGUUGCUUAAGCUUUUGCCUGAUGAUUAACCUGGUGCUGGAAUUCUAGGAAGAUAUGCUCCUCUGAUCUGUUCAGUAUAUGGCAAUCACUUCAUCCACCACUGCAGUGCACCCACCUGUGGGCCUGGGGGAGGGAGUGGGUUGAAAAACUGCUCAAGAACACAGAAGUUUAGG